AUGGUCGCCGCCCUCCUCCUCUUGGCGCCCAGCGUCGCUGCAUUCGGCACCAUCAAUACGGGCGGACAGCAGGCAGAGCAUGAACGCAUCACCCGCAUCGCACUCCAGUGUCCCGACGGUGUGUACCACGAUGACGGAUCGUGUUUCGAGCCCAUCUCGAUGCUGUCCUUUGCGGGCGGCAAUGGAACAUUCGGCGCAGUGGGUGCUCCGGACGGCGGGGCGGAUACACUCAAGUCGCAGGCGCACUGCGACGACGCCGACUACAUUGACUACGCCAAGUGGGGUCUGAACGGCACGUAUCCGCAGAGCAAAGCUGAACGGAACCGCAAGCUGCGCGAGUGCUACGAGCACCUGAAGGGACACUGGGACGAGGGCAUUAAGGGUGCCGCGGAGCUCGUAGACGACUACGGUGCGCUGGUCGAGAAGGAAGCAAAGCUCGCCGAUGAGAACGGCAAGGGGAUCCCGUGUGUCUACUCUGGCAGCCUUAGUGGGCGCGCAAAGUGCGACGCCUUCGAGGGCCUCGGCCGAUCGCUGCACGGCCUGCAGGACUUCUACUCGCACAGCAACUGGGUCGACUAUGCGCAAAUCACGCCCACGCAGAACACGCCCCCGGGACUGGGCAUGACGGAUCUCGCACCCUUCCUGUCCAUGACCAACGGGUCAGGUCCGAGCGACACCAACGUUCCCUCCGACUUUAGCACGGGCUGCUUCAUCCUCUUCGGGCACGACACGGUCGAGGGUGCGGCGGCGUGCGAGAAGGACGGGCGGUACAUCACCCACGUCGUGCUGAACAAGGACAAGGGCGAGAUCAUCGUAAAGCCGCUCGCAAACAUCACCAUCGACGCGGGCACGACCCUGACGGGCGAGGCGCGCACGCCCCGCGGCAACAUUAGUGACAACUUUGAGCGUGCGGUGCAUGGCGCCGUCCUCGAGUCGCGCCGGCAGUGGGCCGACUUCCGCCAAAAGCUCAUCGACACGUACGGCCCGACCCGCGGGCGGCUCAUGAUCUGCGCCUUGACGCGCGACCAGCCGCAGCGUGAUUGCGGAGGUGGGCGCAGCGUCGCUCUCGUGCUUGACGGUAGCUCUGCCGCAGGUGUCGGCGACGCCCUGAAGAACAAGACGCAGUCAACAGACCGAGUCGGCGUCUUUGACGGGCGCGGGGCCUUCUCCGCCUUUGGCUCAGACGCCAAGCUCGAGAGCCUGCAGGGCGGCAGCCUGGCGAAUGGACUGCGACUGGCCGUUGACACCCUGAACGGCACGAAGACGGACCACAUUGUCCUCGUCUCGUCCGAGGACAGUGCAGACGUGAUUGAGCACGUUCAGGCCGCCAAGAAGAAGGGCAUUCGGGUUAGCUAUGGCCUGCUGACCGAAAAGUCGAAGAGCCGCCGGUCGCUGCGGUUCUGGCGCCGUGCCGAUCCGCCCCAGACCGCUGUCGCGGCCGCUGUUCUCAGCACGGGAGGCACGUACGCUGUCCUCGCCGACAGUGGGCAAAAGGGCACGUUUGCGCAGCACGUGUUUGCCUGGGACGAGGGUAGCAAGACCAACCUCCCUCGCGGCCUCAUCGUGUUUGACGACGGAGACCGUGACUGGUCCCACCAAGUCGAGGACAAGCGCAACGUCAACGUCACCGUUACUGCCUACAAUGGCUCGGCAACCGCCGUGCUCCGCGAGGACGACAAGGAGCGCGCACGCGGCAAGGGGUCCACUGUCAGCCUUCAGGCGCAGGGUGAUGACUCGACUGUCGAGGCACGCGUCGAGCCUGAUGGCCUCUACUCGAUCGCCCUCGACUACACCUCUGCUGCCAUCAAGGCCACUUCCAGCCUGGUGGGGCCCGUAGCCGCCGUUUCGCUCGCCUAUCUCUUUCUCUAG